GUGGUGAGCGAUGCGCAAUUGUGUUUCCGUCGAUCUCUGUGGCGCGGAGCUCACCGCGGCGGUUGCCAACCUGCUCGCCUCUCCCCCAUGAGGGGGGUGGGGAUCAAACCCAGUGAUAGUUAAGUCUUGUUAUAAUUUCGGGGAUUACCAGCUGCCUCCGUUGCAGUUGUGGAAGCGAGAGAGUUUGUGAUAGCCAUGGCGAGAGCGUCUGUAUGUUGUCCAUCUCCCUCCACUCCCUAUUUGCGUGCUUUUCAAUUGCACAACAGUACGGUCAGUAGCCAACAUUGCCGAGUCCUCCAUGUGUGUGGAACACGCGGAUUGGAACCUGUGGUGGUCAAAACUUCGGUGGUAGGUGGAAGGCAGAAGGUAAUCAAAUUGUGUUUCUCUCUGGUUUGUUCGAGUGCAGAUUCUCGUCGGUUUUGUCCUCGCAGAUCGAGUGCAAGUUCUUGGAACGGUAGGGUUAGAGGUCCUAGGGACAGCAAGGGGAGCAGAGGAAGGAGGGUGGGCAGUGGUAUUUCAGAACACCUCACAGAUGCAGAGGAAUCUGAUGAAGACGCCCAAGUUUCCACCAGUGGGGCCUCCGUAGACACGAAGCCACUGGAAUGGAUCCAGCGAGCCAUGUGCUUCGAGGAAUCAGGCAAAUACUUGGUUGGUCUUGCGCUUCCUGGACUGGCCCUACCUUUGGGGCUGGAGGGUCCUCAAUCCUUUGCAGAGGCGCUUGGGGUAUUAGCCGCAAUUGUCACAGUUCACGAAGCGGGCCAUUUCUUAGCUGCAAGAUUGCAAGGCAUCCACGUGACGCAGUUUGCAAUAGGGUUUGGGCCACCAAUUGCGAAGUUUAAGAGCAAGAAUGUGGAGUAUUCUUUGAGGGCUGUACCACUAGGGGGAUAUGUGGGGUUUCCAGACGACGACCCGGAGUCUGUUUACGAGCCUGAUGACCCAGAUUUGCUUAAGAACCGCUCCAUCCCUGAGCGCGCCUUGGUAAUCUCCGCGGGCGUCAUAGCCAACAUUAUCUUCGCCUACACGGUUCUCUUUGGACAAGUUGUCACAGUAGGGUUGCUUGAACAGGAGUUUCUACCCGGAGUUGUAAUACACGUAAUAAAUCCAAAUUCAGCUGCUGCUCUUGCAGGAAUUGAACCUGGGGACGUGGUAGCUGGAGUGAAUGGCCACCUUCUUGGCACGCGUGAGGCAUCUGUUCGCGACCUUCUUCAAACCAUUAAGGAUAAUCCGCAGAAGAAGCUCAAUUUUCUUGUAAUCCGGAACGGGUCGGAGCUUGUCAACUUGGACGUCACACCAAACAGAGCCAAGGAUGGUGGGGGCCGAAUUGGAGUGCAGCUCUCAGCAAAUUCAAAAACAAAGCGGGUGAAAGCUGCCAACUUGGCAGAUGCAUCCCUAAAAGCAACAAAAGAAUUCACCAGAUUACUGACAGUUGUCACGGAUGGUCUUAAACAAGUGUUCUUGAAUUUUGCGCAAACUGCCGACAAACUCUCUGGUCCGGUAGCCAUAUUGGCAGCGGGUGCAGAAGUAGCCCGAAACGACAUUGCGGGGCUGUUUCAGUUUGCUGCUAUUGUUAACAUCAAUUUAGCUGUCGUGAACCUGCUGCCCUUGCCGGCCCUGGAUGGUGGUUAUCUGUUUCUCAUUGCUCUAGAGGCGCUGCGAGGGAAGAAGCUACCUGAAGGAGUGGAGCAGGGUAUUAUGUCGUCUGGUUUUUUGUUACUGUUGGCUGUGGGCAUUGUUCUCAUUGUCCGAGACACCUUAAACCUGGGCAUUAUGCAACCAAUGUUGUAGGGUACUGUAGAAUAUUAGUAAGAGCAGGGCAACCCUGAUUUUUAUCUGUCUACAAUUGUCUACAUUGGCAACCAUCGUUCAGUGAAACUCUUGUACAUUGCUACCAUUUUUCAAAACACAGUUUAUAUACAGGUGACUUAUUGUAUACCACCUUAUAAGUAAACAAUAGAACUCUGAUUGUGCAGAACAAUACGUAGAGUAUCGCUCUAAGAAAUUUUGGAUUUUUUUCA